UACCACUGCUCUGUAGGUGAGUCUGUCCACAAUCUGGUUGCAUGUCAUCUUGACUGUAGUCAUCUCUCUCUUUAUCAAUUACAUUUUGUUUUGGUCUAGUAUAGUAUAUGAGUUCUAAAUAAACUAACUGUCUCAAUACAUUUAUCUCUAUUCUAAUAAUUAUUCCCUCCUCUCUCUCUCUCUCUCUCUCUCUCUCUAGUUUCUGAUCUGAGUGACUGUGAAUCGGUGGGAAGUAAAUGCCACACCCACGCCAAGUGCCUCAAGGCUGAAGUCAAUGACUGUGUAUGUGUGUGUCGGAUUUGCUACCAGGAAGAUGGAUUACAGGGUGAGGACAUUGACAAGUGUGUUACUGGCCUCAACGGCUGCCACCCAAAGGCACAUCGCACAACACACUGGGCAGCUACAGCUGUGUGUGUCUGGAUGGCUACCUCGGCAACAGUGUCCAAUGUGAGGACGUCAACGAAUGCCAGAUUACGAACAGAGGCUGCCACGCCAAUGCCCUCUGUACAAAUAGAGAAGGAGGGCAAGACUGCAGUACAUAGGUGGCUUCAAUGGAAAUGGGUUUCAGUGCACGGACAUUGACGAAUGCACAAACCGUGAAAUCUGACAUGGGAAUGCCACCUGUUACAUUGACAGGGCUGUAGUGGAGCGGGCCGAGAGCAUCAAGGUCCUCUCCACCUGCCCGUUGGACUGAGGCCGGUACCCGGAUGUGAGGCUGACCGUGGCCCCCAGCUUCUCCAUAAAGGCUUUCCAGACCAGCGACGUGAAUUGGGGACCACGGUCGUAAAUGAUGCCCUUCGGAAGGCUAUAGUGCCGGAAGACCUGCUAGAAUAGUGACUCAGCGACCUGGAGAGCAGUAAGUAGACCAGAGAGAGGGAUAAAACGGCAGGAUUUAGAGAAUCUGUCAACAACGACCAUAAUAGAGGUAAAACCAUCAGAAAGGGGUAGAUCAGUUACAAAGUUUAUGGACAGAUGUGACCAAGGGCGCUGAGGCACAGGAAGGGGAAGUAGUUUCCCUGCUGGAGCGUGCCGGGGAGAUUUGGAUUGGAUACAUACGGUGCAUGAAUUGACAUAGAGGGCAACGUCCUGCGCCAAGGUGGGCCGGUGACGUCGCAGGAUUUAUCGGAGAGGGAUUUGAUGGUGCGGGUGAUACGUGGGUGUCCAGCGGCGAGGUAUGUGUGUGCCCAGGUCAACAGCCGAUCUCUCACCCCGUGGGGAUGUCGAUGCGCUCUGGAUGGCAGGUAGCAGGAGCGGGUUCCCUCUCCAGAGCCUGGCAGAUGUCCACAUCUACGUCCCAACGAUUCGGGAGGACAGAUUGAUAGGCUGGAGGGCACUCACAGGAACCUCCACCAACGUGGAACCACAGGGUGUGGGAAAGCAGGUCCUCCGGGAUCCUGGUCCCCAAGCAGUGAUUUUCAUCCUCGACCAGGAGAUGGUGGGGUUAUGAAGUUGGAGCCACGGGAGGCAGAGGAUGACUUUGUGUACAGGUGCGGUGGUGAUGAGGAAGGGAAGGCUUUCCUGGUGCAUGGGUCCCACGGUGAGGGUGAGUGGUGCUGUGAUAUGCGUAAUUGUGCCGGAUCCCAAUGGUCGCAUAUCCAGCACUUGGACAGGAAAAGGAGAGGAGAGCGGGUAUGAAGUUAUGUUCAGAGAGGAGGCGUAGGCCUGGUUGAAGAAGUUCCCAGCGGCACCGGCAUCCACUAGAGCUGUAGAGACAACACUUGAGGGAUAGCCAGCCAGUGAAAUGGGAACCAGAAAAGGUUUGGCGGAAAACGAUAAUGGAAUACUGACGCCUACCCUGGGAGACGGAAGGUCACGGGGCCGCCCCUCUGCUCCAGUGGAACCCGGGUUGGGACGCACCGGACACCGCUGAAGCUGGUGCCGCUCCUGGCCGCAGUAGGGACAGAGACCCAGCUGUCUCCGGUGAUGCCGCUCUGCCGCGGAGAGGUGCAUGGCCCCCACCUCCAUGGGUUCAGGCUCUGCCUCAGGACAGCCAAAGGAGGGAAGCGAGUGGCAGGUGGACACCGGCGCUCCUGAAGAAGGUUAUUCAGACGGAUGACCAUUGUGAUGAGAGCGUCCAAGGAUAUGUUGUCAUCCCGACAUGCCAACUCCGUGUGGACCUCCUCACGCAGUCCACUGCGGAAUAGAGUGCAGAGCGCCAGUUCAUUCCAUCCGCUGGAGGCUGACACAGUCCAAAAGGUGAGGGCGUACUCCGCAGCGGUCUGGGCACCCUGCUGGAGAUGGAAAAGUCGCUCACCUCCCUCUCUGCCCUCUGGAGGAUGGUCAAAGACUGCUCUGAACAGAGCAAUGAACCUCUCAUAGGAACCCAGCUCCUCCUCUCUCCCAGAUGGCCGUAGCCCACUCCAACGCCCGUCCGGUCAGCAGGGAAAUGACCGUGCAACCUUGGACCUCUCGGUGGUGGGGGCUCCCAUCUGAUAGGCGAAAUAGAGGGAGCACUGGAGUAGGAAGCCACGGCAUUUCGAUGGAGUACCGUCAUACUUCUCCUUAAGGGACAGUCUGGCAUUGCUGACCUGGGCAGACGGCUGGGUAGGCUGGGGGACUGUCUCACUGUGACAACCUGCGGUAGGAGGCCCGCCGUCCUAUUUCCUUUUGUAUUUUUGUACAAAUGGUUCUUUCUUUUUAACUGCAUUGUUGGGAAAAGGCUCGUAAGUAAGCAUUUCACGGUAAAGUUGUAUUCGGCGCAUGUGACAAAUAAAAUUGGAUUUUGUACUAACAGCUCCUAUGUGUGCAUCUAUAACACAUACUUUAAGGGCAAUGGGAACUACCUGUGUCUGGAUAUACAUUUACUUGAGAUUUGAGUCAUUUAGCAGACACUCUUAUCCAGAGCAAUUAGGGUUAAGUGCCUUGCUCAAGGGCACAUCGACAUAUUUUUCAUCUAGUCAGCUCGGGGAGUCGAACCAGCAACUUUUCAGUUAUUGGCCUAACGCUCUUAACCGCUAGGCUACCAGUUCAGAGACUCCCAGUUCAGAGUCUCUUCGAUGACUGUGUCAACAUGCUGGGCUCGUACCGCUGCACCUGCUUCGAUGAACUAAAUGGGAAUGGGCUGACCUGUAGGGCCAUUAAUUAGUGUAAUUGGCAGAAUAAAUGUGAUCCAAACACUGCCUGUAUCAAUGUGCUGGACAGCUAUGACUGCUCCUGCCGCUCCGGAUAUCGGGAUGGAAGAGAGUGCACAGACAUCGGUGAGUGUGUCACCCCUAAUAUCUGCCCUGCUUCGGCCGCGUGUGUCAUCAUCGUAGGGUCGUUCUACUGCAACUGUCUCACCAGCCACAUCUUCAAUGACUCAAAGUGCAUGGACCUGGAUGAGUGUGCCAUUGGGCACCGUAGCCCCUUCUUCACCUGUGCCAACUUCCCGGGUUCCUUCACUUGUAAGUGCAGGGAAGUGUACAGGGGCAACGGCAUCACCUGUGAGGACCUGGACAAGUGCUCCAUGGUACAGCAGUGCCACUCCAAUGCCCUCUGCACCAACCUGGCGGGCACGUUCAACUGCAGCUGUCAGGUGGACUACUCUGGGGAUGGGGUGAUCCAGUGUGCAGAUGUGAACUGGUGGACAAUGGAGGCUGCUGGAACAAAGCCACCUGCGUCAACACUAAAGGUUCCUUCUCCAGUCUGUGUCCGCCCUGGUUUGACCUGGUCAACCGCACCAUCUGCCAGGAUAUACACUGAGUGUACAAAACAUUAGGAACACCUGCUCUUUCCAUGCCAGACUGACCAGGUGAGUCCAUGUGAAAGCUAUGAUCCCUUAUUGAUGUCACCUGUUAAAUCCACUUCAAUCAGUGUAGAUGAAGGGGAGGAGACAGGUUAAAGAAGGAUUUUUAAGCCUUAGACAAUUGAGACAUGGAUUGUGUAUGUGUGCCAUUCAGAAGGCGAAUGGGCAAGACAAAAUAUUUAAGUGCCUUUGAACGGGGUAUGGUAGGUGGCAGGCACACCGGUUCGAGUGUGUCAAAAACUGCAACGCUGCUGGGUUUUUCACGCUCAACAGUUUACCGUGUGUAUCAACAAUGGUCCACCAUCCAAAGGACAUCACGCCAACUUGACACAACUGUGGGAAGCAUUAGAGUCAACAUGGGCCAGCAUCCCUGUGGAACGCUUUCGAAACCUUGUAGAGUCCAUGCCCAGAUGAAUUGGGGCUGUUCUAAGGGCAAAAGGGGGUGCAACUCAAUAUUAGGAAGGUGGUCCUAAUGUUUUGUACACUCAUUGUAUAUGAGUCCCAGGCCAUGGAGGAGCCGUGCCACCUCAAUGAGCGCUGCUCCAACACUGAGGGGGCGUACGAGUGCCCUUGCCAGGUGACCAUGGCCUGUACGGAUAUCAACGAGUGCAAAGUGGACAACCCCUGCCACGUCAAUGCCACCUGUUUGAACACAGUGGGCUCCCAUACCUGUACCUGUAAGCACCGAUUCACAGGCAACAGCUCCAAGCGAGGAUGUAGACCCGCGGGUAUUGUGUGCCAAUGUGCCCGGCGACUUCUCCUGCUCUUGCCAGCAGGGCUUCACCGGGGACGGCUUCUGUUGGCAGGAUGUGGAUGAGUGUGCCCUCUCCAACGCCACAACCUGUCCCCCCCCCCCCCCCCCCCCCCACCCACCCAUCUCAGAGUGUGUCAACUCCCCCGGAGCCUACGUCUGUUCCUGUAUGAAUGGGACAGUGACCUAA